AUGCUGAGAGUCAGUACCCGUUUUUUCGGAAUAACUUCUCAAGUUCGUCCAUUUGCAAGCUCAGUUUCUCCUGCUUUCAAAGUUCAAGAUGACAAAGAUUUUACUGAAAGAGUUAAAAACUCAAAAGUUCCUGUUAUCGUUGAUUUUUUUGCGACAUGGUGUAAUCCAUGCCGAUUGUUAACUCCGCGUUUGGAGUCAGUUAUUGCUGAGAAACAGGGAAAAAUACUGCUAGCCAAAGUUGAUAUUGACGAAAAUGCUGAACUAGCCAUGGAUUACCAGGUUCAAACAGUGCCAGUUAUCAUGGCAAUGAAAGACGGCAAAGUUUUGGAACGAAUUGUCGGUCUGCAGGACACAGACAAACUCAGACAAUUCGUUGAUAAAUACGCAGACCCAUAA